AUGGAAGAAUCAGAUCCUCUUCAAGAACGAGUUAACUAUUUAAGGAAACUUGUUAAUAAUUUGGUUAUUCAGAGCUUAGCACUUGGACAUAUACCAAAAAUCAAACCAGGAAUUCCAAUGUCUGCAGAUAAUUUAAUUAAACUUCGUCAACAACUAGAACAACUUGUCUCUCAAGAAGAUACAGAAAAAGAUCGCGCAGAAGUCAAAAAAAUCAACAAACAACCAAAAGUUCACAGAAUACAACCACCUCCAGUUUAA